CAUAUUCAUCUGUGUGACGUCGCAGAGAAAUCAUUGUAGUUGUUGUAGCAUUGGUGUGAUCAGGGUACCAUUGGCUGGGCACUGUCCACCCAUCCUUGUGACUUUGUAGAAAAAGAAAAGCCCGAGGUGAAGAGAGAAGGAUAGCUCACUGCUCUCUGUACUGAACCUGAUCAACAUGUAUAAAGUUGUUUCCUCUCUAAGUGGCCGCUGUGCAGGUCUCACGGGACAGUCCUGCUGUUCAUCUGGUUUUGCCAAAUUUCACCUGGGAAGUGGUGCAGUAUGUCAGCAAUCAGCCUUCAAAUACCAACCUGCAGACCUCCCAGAGAUGCCCAGAUGCGAUUUGAAACCAGAGGAAUACAAGGGUAUGUCCAAAGAACAGAUGAUGAAGAUCCGCAGGCAGAAUUGCAACCCUGUGACCAUGAAGAUUACUUACUAUAAGAAACCAGUGUUCAUCCACCAGGGACACAUGCAGUGGUUGUGGGAUGUAGACGGGAGGCGAUAUCUGGAUCUCUUUGCUGGUGUGGCUACUGUUAGUGUGGGCCACUGCCACCCAAAGCUGACAGCAGCCGCAGCGAAGCAGCUGAAGAGACUGUGGCAUACCACAAACAUUUACGUCCAUCCAAAUCUUCAUGAGUAUUGUGAGAAACUAGCCUCUCUCUUACCGGAUCCUCUUAAGGUGAUAUAUCUGACCAACAGCGGCUCAGAAGCCAAUGACCUGGCUAUGUUGAUGGCUCGACUUCACACUGGCAACUUUGACAUCCUCACUUUCAGAGGAUCAUACCACGGUGGCACCCAACAGACCAUGGGUCUCACCUCCAACUCUCCAUAUAAAUACCCCAUUGCCACUAGCUCAGGCUGCACACAUAUCAUGUCUCCUGAUGUGUUCAGAGGUGUGUGGGGAGGAAGCCACUGCAGAGACUCUCCUGUGCAAACCAUCAGAGAAUGUAGCUGUGCCCAAGGUCAUUGCAUGGCAAAUGAGAAAUACAUCGGACAGCUCAAAGAGGCAUUCUCUACAAGUCUUCCAAGUCAAAUCGCUGCUUUCUUUGGAGAGCCAAUUCAGGGAAUGGGAGGAGCUGUGCAGUACCCUAAAAACUUCUUCAAAGACGCUUACAAACUUGUGAGAGAGAGAGGAGGGAUCUGCAUUGCUGAUGAGGUCCAGACUGGAUUUGGGCGAACAGGAACCCACUUCUGGGGUUUCCAAGGUUAUGAUGUUAUUCCUGAUAUGGUUACAAUGGCAAAGGGAAUUGGUAAUGGAUUCCCAGUAGGAGCCGUGGUGACAACACCAGAAAUUGCCGCUUCUUUUGGUAAAGCCUACCACUUCAACACCUUUGGAGGAAGUCCUAUAGCUUGUGCUGUUGCUUCAUCUGUGCUUGACACUAUCAAAGAAGACGGCUUACAGCAGAACAGUCAUAAUGUGGGCACCUAUCUGUUGACAGAAAUGGCAAAACUCAGAGACAAGUAUGAGAUUAUCGGUGAUGUCCGUGGAAAAGGCCUGCAGAUCGGCGUGGAAAUGGUCAAAGACAAGGCCAGCAGAGAGCCACUGUCUCCUGAGGCAAUGAGUGAGAUCUUUGAGGACAUAAAGGACAUGGGGGUCCUGAUAGGGAAAGGAGGAGUCUACGGACAGACCUUCCGCAUCCAACCCCCCAUGUGCAUCACAAAUGAGGACGUAGAUUUCUUCCUGGCAGUUUUCAACAAGGCAGUCCACAACUACUUGGACAGAAAAUGAACGGGUCAGACGUGUAACCAGAUCCUAAAAGACCAAACCUGGAAACUCAAUCAGCAGUGGACUGAAUUUUAAAUGUAAAUCUUUAUAAAAAAUGUUAUAUUAACCUUUUUGCUUGUAAAAGUGAAUUUUGACACAUAACUACGAUCUCCAUGUUAUUAUUAUGAAGCCACCAGUUCUUUCUUUUAAAGUGCGGAUUCAUAAUUAUUCAAUACACUGAGCACACAUCGCUAAUGUGAGGGGAAAAAUAUCUUAUGUAUCUUCAUAACUGUUUUGCAAUUCAUUUUACUUUGUUUAGAUCCAAUAAUGAACAUUUAUGAUUGUUUGCAGUCUGCCUGCAGCCGAACACUAUAUAUAGUCUCUACGUGAUACAGUGCCUGACCACACAUCUGAAUGUACCAAUUAUU